UCGGUCGGUCCGGUCAGCUGGUCUCGUCUGCACGGUGUACGCAGAGCUGGUAAGCGGAUCCAGGAUCCAGCUGAUAGAGCCCGGCAAUCGAAAAGCCUCGAUCGGCCAAGGAUCGGUAAAGAGAAACGAAACGGCGGCCCGCGCGCCGCAUGUGCGCGAGUGCUUCGACAGAUUCUCCACCGGAAACACCAACCUGUCGCGGUGCGAGACCUGGCAGAACGAUAGUCCCGAAGGUGGACUCCGCAGAUAGGAGGACCAAGGCGCAGCAGGACACCUGGUCAGCCGGGAAAUGACUAUAUCGUACGCGAGCGAAGUGCCAAACGGCUCCAGCUUCGGCUGCUUCUGGAGGAUUCUGGUCAAAUGGCGGGGUUCCGUGUACAAGCUAAUUUGGCGAGAACUGCUGGCGUACCUGUUCGUCUACUACCUCAUCAAUUUUACAUACCGAUAUGGGCUCAACGAGCACCAGCGGGUGAUCUUCGAGAAGAUCAGAUACUACUUCGGGAACUCCAGCGAUUCGAUACCGAUGUCGUUCGUCCUGGGAUUUUAUGUGAGCCUGGUCGUGAAGCGAUGGUGGGAGCAAUACAAACUACUGCCCUGGCCGGACAACUUAGCUUUGUUUAUCAGCGCCGCAAUUCCUGGAAACGACGAGAGGGGGAGGCUGAUGAGGAGAAACAUCGUGAGGUACGCGGUGCUGGCGUACGUCAUCACGUUGCAGAGGAUUUCGUUGCGCGUUAAGAGGCGAUUUCCGACGCUUCAGCACAUCGUAGACGUUGGUCUGAUGAUGGAAUCAGAGAAGAAAAUAUUCGAGAUGAUGAACAAGAAGGCGGCGAUGUCCAAGUACUGGAUGCCGCUGGUCUGGGCGACGAACAUAAUUAACAGGGCCAGGAGGGAGGCCUUAAUUACUAGCGACCAAGUGGUGCAGACCCUCCUUGUCGAGCUCAGCGACAUCCGGAAGAGGCUUGGCGCGUUGAUCGGUUACGACACCGUUUGCGUUCCUCUCGUUUACACUCAGGUAGUCACGCUAUCUCUGUACGCGUAUUUCUUUUCCGCGUUGCUCGGCCGACAGUUCAUCGAGCGCACCGACGUCGGAGGCGGAAAAUACGAGGAGCCCGACAUGUAUUUUCCAUUUUUCACGGCGUUGCAGUUCUGCUUCUACGUGGGCUGGCUGAAAGUCGCCGAGGUGCUGAUCAAUCCUUUCGGCGAGGACGACGACGACAUCGAGCUCAACUGGCUCAUCGAUCGGCACAUUAAGGCAGGAUACAUGAUCGUGGACGAGAUGCACGAGGAGCACCCAGAAUUGCUGAAGGAUCAAUACUGGGACGAAGUCGUGCCGAAGGAUCUGCCGUACACUGUCGCCAGCGAACAAUAUCGCCGCGAGGAGCCAAAAGGAUCCGCGGAACACUAUAAGGUCAAAGACAGCGACGCUCUUUAUGCGAACGUUAUGCUCAGCACACAGAUCCACAAUCACGUUCAGCACCGCAAGAACCAGGACGACAUGUAUGCCGAUUACGAGAGCGUUGACACGCCUUUAGUGGAGCGAAGGAAAAAUUGGCUGCAGCGACAAAUCACGAGAAUGGGCUCGGUGCGAAGUUCAUCGACGACCUACAGCAGCGGGGGUGGUUUCUUCUCGAGGAAUCGGCAUAACAGCGUCUACAGCAGCCCCGAGACAGGAGGGUUGCCGCAGACGAACAACCCUAAUUUAAAGAUGUCGCUCUACGAUCGAUUGGUCGGUCGCAAGAGCGUUCGAAGUCAGCGAAUGGGUCGGCAAGGAACGAUGACGAAGCUGAACUCAGUGCCGGUCUCCCUGAAGAACAGGCCGCGGAUCCCAACCCCGGACGUGACGAAAGAGGUGGUGGACCGCGAGCAGAAGCUGGCUUUAUCGGCGACGAACGCAGCCAACAUUGGAGCAGGCGUGGUCGGCGUGAUACCAGCCAACGGGCAUUAUCCGACGGACCUGUCGGUGGUGCAGGUGGUGCUUUCGCCCAUCCAAGAAGCAGAAGGGACCCCAUCGACGGGAAAGUCUGGAGCAGCGGCUUUGGCGCAGGCAGUGCUAUCGCCGACGUUGACCAGCGCGGGCCUGGUAGCUCCCAUGACCCUGACACCGGUCACGAUGAGCCAGCUGACGCAGUUAGGCUUGGUGACGACGACGUCGGCGUCGAUGCUGAGGUCGAACGCGCUCCCCAACGGGGUUCAGGCGACCCUGACCGAGGUGAACAGCAGCGAGGAAGAGGGUUCCGGGAGCGGCAGCAGCAGGAGCGGUAGCAUAACCGGCCAGGAGGAGCGAUCGACGCCUUUGAUCAGCCAGGACAGAAGCACACCGUUGAUCGGCGACACUGCCAGUCCUCUGGGUAGCAACGGCAGCUCGCCCACGUUCGGCAGCUACAACGACAGAUCCCCUAUCUUGAUGAACCCCGAGAGACUAAGUUACGUGGUAGCUACCGUGCCAACCGCGCAGGGCUCCAAGCCAGGCUCGGAUCCUCGCGGCAGGAGAUCGGCGUCUCUGCCCGGGCCACCUGUUCUGCAGUGCAGAGAGGACAGGAGCAUGUCCCUGCCGCACUCCCCGGGUCUCCAGCCUAGGGAGAACCGGGCAGCUUCGGUGUCGAACGGUCACGACCCCCCGAACAUCGACAGGCUGAUGGUGCUCAGCAAACAGGACACGCGUCCCAGGACGAACAGCAUCGGCCACGACGUCUGCAGACCCAAUCACCGGGUUCAGGACUCCAGGAAGAUCAGCAGCGUCUCUUGCACCAACGCUUCCCUGUCCGGAGGACUGGGAACGAGUCCCACAACGGCUACCACCGUCAUGCCCGCCGCGGCGUCCAUCGCCAAUAGCAAGAGGGGCGAGGUCUACGUCUGACACGAGGACCUUGGGACUCUGUAGAUCAUUUUCCAUAGCGUUCGACGCGGUCGUCGAGUGCGAGCUUGCCCGAGUCGCGGACGAGCCUCGGACGAGAUUCUCCGUUCGUCGUUGCGACGACUCGGCGCGCUUUCGGAAGCUGCGGCUGGGACCCUCGGGGGAUGCGAAUGGUAUUUCUUGGCGAUUGUUGGCAGCGGUCGGAAGCGGGAGCAGUGGAGCUGGACGAGUCACUAGCGUUGUAAAUAUGGUAAAUUAUGCGCGCGACUUCGAGUCGGUAGACGAGAUUCGGUUUCGAAGGACGAUCCGUGGACCACUGCGACGUUCACGUUGAUCGCUCCAGGAUUUGUUAUGGUUAUGAAUGAAUGAAAUUGUCACGUUCCUCGAGCAACGCUUUUUUCCGUCGUGCGUGCAAUAGAGAAGCGGAGAUGUUAUGACACUCUGUUACGUGGUUAGAGGAGAUUGUUGAUGGAACGAGAGACGCAAAAAUGUUGCAUGAUAGGUAACGCUCGAACUACCGGAAGUCUAUUAACAUUGUGCGAGUGCGGAGAUUCUUGAACACCGAAAGUAUUCUUAUUUGGCAGCUCUUCAAGAACGGAGCUUCUGUGACCUUUGUCAAUGAGGAUUUUUAGAAACGAUAUAGUGAUUUCCUUGGAAAAUUGAAGUCGUUGCUGUGUAUCGUUUAUAAUAUUAUUAUUUUGCAAAUAAUGAGAUGCUUCUUUUGAGAUUAUUAUUCGAAGGAAAAUGUUCAUCUUUUUUCCAUUAUUAGCAUCUUGGUGGUUACACUACUGUGAUUGGAUUCAAUUUUACCACACGAAUUACGAAAAUAUUAAUAAAAGUGAACGAUGCUAGGAAAUUAGAAUUCAUCUCAGGAAUUACAGUAAUGUCUCCCUAACUCAGAUUCUGCACAAAAGUGGACAAUUUGGGAAGAGAAGAUGCAAUUUUUAGAGCUUUGCACCUCGUUUAUUAUAGUUACCGAUUGUCGACAGCUGUAAAAACGAGCCGCAAGGCUCGAA